CACGCUCUUUUCUACCUGCUGCACGCAGCAGGUAGACAGGUCCCAUUAGCAUUCAAGGACCUGUCUUGCAGAACCGGACGUUUAGCUGGUCCUCCAUCUUCGCCGCGUCAAUUUUUAAUAACAUCUCGGGGUUGUUUAUCCAUCGCGGAGAAAGAGAAAUGCUAAUCACACUCCCACUGGUAGCUUUCACGUUACCCAUCCUACCGCGGUUGUCACGACGAGAAAGUAGGCUUCGAGAACGAACUUUUACCAAUUGUUUUGUGCAUCAAAACAGAUGAAAGUGCUUUUCAGAUGCGAAUCCCGGGGGUUCGUUUCAAAAACGCCAAGUGGCGACGAAACCAUGCUGCACGAAACGCGCGCGGUGUUGUGCAAUUGAAAUUUUUGGUAAAAAUUCAAGUGAAAUCGAUUCCUGUUUCCACAACAAAUUUAUAGCUAUUUUGAAAUAUAAAUUAAUAAUUUUUAUUCUAAAGCGAAAGUUAAACGUAAUUAACUCCAAACACCUUCAGGCCUAGCAACUAAAUGGGUGGCACUGGUAAUUCGGAGCCUUCGACGGGGGCACAUCUAGCAGUAGGAGCUCAAGCAAUGGAUGCAUGCCGUGUACGCUAUGCCUUAUCCAGAAUGAAUUCGACACCUGCAAACGUAACAAGUACAGCCAAUCUAGUUACCAAUCUCUUGGGGAACCUCUCCUUACAACACCGACGCCUGGAGCGUACACAGUCUGCACCGUCACCAACGGCGGCGGUGGCGGCCGCGAGUGUGAAUACGUCGCGUUAUAAAACAGAAUUGUGUCGACCUUUUGAAGAAUUUGGAGUGUGUAAAUAUGGUGAUAAGUGUCAAUUUGCGCACGGUCCAAAUGAGCUACGCACAUUAGCUCGACACCCUAAGUAUAAAACGGAAUUGUGCCGCACCUACCAUACGGUCGGGUUCUGUCCGUACGGUCCGCGAUGUCACUUCGUCCACAACCAAGACGAAGCCGUUCGCGUCGUAACCUCGGCGGCGAUAAUAGCCGCACGUCAACCACCACGUCCCAGGCCGACCGCUCUCAGUCCUGCCUUAUCGUUGGAUAGUCCAAGCCCGCCGUGCAGUCUUAGUCAAUCACCCACCUCCUCCAUGGGCUCAUUUUUUAGUAGCGAACCGGAAUUAAAUUCACCCGGAGCGGACGAGCAGCGCCUACCCGUAUUCAACAGAUUGGCCGCUCCGGCGCCGAUGUUAGCACUCGGUGAUCUGCUGCUAUAGUGCGCACUUGGUGGGUUGAAAAGCCAUUACUCAAGACGAUUUAUUUAAAUUAACAGUGUCUAUUUAUGUUAUAUUAUAGAAUUCCGCUUUUGCGGAGUGAUUUUGAUAUUGUGUGAUUUUUUAAUUAUUAUUAUUAUAUUAUAUUGUAUGUUUAAGAAGAGGCGUGUUUUUAUACGAAUGUUAAUGGAGACCCUGUGAAAAUGUGCAAGUAGACUUAGGUUGUAUAAAAGUCAUCAGUCUCCAUUUGAUACCUUGUAACAUUCCGCGAACGAAGUUUAUUUAUUUAUUUUUUAUUUUAACUGCUCAUCAUUCGUGUGCCUUGUGACCAUUGGAAAAAAUACUUGAUUUUUGUUAUUUAAUACUUUUAUUUAAUAUUGUGUGUUUUUUCAUUUCAAUACGUUUAUGUUAUGUAAUUAUUUUAUUAUAUUUAUAUGUAACUUAUUAUUUAUAUUUCAUUACCAUAGCUGACGAGUGCUCGGCACAAAACUAGCGGCCAUUCUGUCCGCAUCUACCUGUAUAUUUAUAUGUAGCUAAUUGUAUCUUUGUAUCAUCAAUAAAUUAUAUUUUUUCUUUA